AUGCAGCCUUGGGCCUUAGUUAGUCCCGCGUCCCGCGGGAUUGGUCUUCACCUCGCUCGCCAUUUGCUACAGAAUACGAAACUGCCAAUCGUGACCACCGCACGGAAGGACUUGGACCAAGCCAAGGAAUCAAUCCUCGAUGGUCUACAUCAUGUCGACCAAAGCCGACUGAAUGUCUUGGAGUUGGAUGUCCUUGCGUCCGCUUGCAGUGACCUGUUUCCAAAGAAGGACAAUUACUUGCAUUUGUCCUAUGCUAUUCCCGGCAUCCUGUUUCCUGAAAAGUCUCCUCAGCAGAUUGAUCAUGAUGAUGCCCUUUUGACCUUCCGAACCAACACGCUGGGUCCCAUGCUCUUGCUUAAACACUUUGGUCCUUUCUUGCCGCGGAAGUCGACACAACUUGCUAAAGAUGAUUCUUUGCCCAAAAGCGCCGUUUGGGCUACGAUGUCUGCUCGUGUGGGCAGUAUCACGGACAAUCAGCUCGGAGGCUGGUACUCAUAUCGUGCCUCCAAAGCUGCUGUCAACCAGGUCACAAAGACGUUCGACAAUCACCUACGAACAGCCUCUGGUGAGAAAGCUAUAGCCAUUAGCUUGCACCCGGGUACUGUCAAGACAAGCUUCAGCAAGGAAUUCUGGGGCGGUGUCAAAGAAGGAAAGCUGUUCAGUCCCGAGUUCUCAGCGGAGAAAUUAUAUGAGGUUGUUGUAGGCAGGAGUUUACAGGACAGAGGCAAGUGCUGGGACUGGAAGGGUGACGAGGUCCCGCCCUAA